UGUUCUUUGGUAUAAAUGUACCCCUUGUACAUCCUGGUUGAACUCCACGACACGCAAGACAGUGAUCACGGCUGUUAAAGUUUUAACAAUCGACUGAUAAUAUCAAUACGGUCGUUGCGCACAUGUUAAUUUUCUCAAUUUUUGAAGAGAGCGUCGAUCCUGUUAACAAUCGUGACUGUUAAUUAAACUUUCCAUUGAUGAUCAUAGAUUGAGGACAUGACUGAUGUUACUGAUAACGUGUCAUCUACCGGCUUGAAACCUGGUUCGGAUUACGAGUCGUUUACGGUUGUUCAGUUAAAACAAGAACUAAAAAGAAGAGGGAUUUCAGUGAAAGGCAAACCCCUUAAGGCUGACUUGAUUAAAGUAUUAAGUGACUCUGACAAAACUCAAAAUAGUACAUCUGCUGAGUUAAUUUUUCGAAAAGACAAACAAUUAACGGAUGUAGGACUCAAUGGUGAAUCAGUUGUGAGCAAGGCUCAGAAUGAUGCUGAACACAGAUUACACAAGCAAAGAAUGCAGGAUAGAAAAGAAAGAUCCCGUAUAGUGUUAUGGAGAAAACCUUACACUACAUUACAGUACUUUAUUCAAGAGACAUUCGUACUCUUCAAGGACUAUAGUAUAAGGACAUGGAAGUCUUGGAGAACUGUAAUGCUGAUGACCUUUGUAUUGCUUGGAUUUGUGCUUGUUUACAAUGUUAAUGGGUUUCAUCAAAAGCAUGUUGCUUCAGCCAAGAAAACAGUUCUUUGGUGUCUUUACUGGAUUGGUUUAGGAAUCCUAUCAUCAGUAGGCCUUGGCACUGGUCUACAUACAUUUCUCUUGUACUUGGGUCCCCAUAUAGCUGCUGUGACUCUUGCUGCAUUUGAAUGCAUGUCUGUAGAUUUCCCAGAACCACCAUAUCCUGAUGACAUCAUUUGCCCCUCCCAAGUAGGAACCAAAAUGACCUUGUGGACAAUCAUGAGCAAAGUUAGACUUGAAGCUAUGAUGUGGGGUGCUGGGACUGCCCUUGGUGAAUUGCCACCCUACUUUAUGGCCAGAGCAGCACGGUUGUCAGGACAAGACUUAGAAGAUGAGAACUUGGAAGAUGAACUUGAAGAAUUAGAAGAGCUUAUUCAGGAGAAGAAGACACAUCCUCAGGAAAUGAGUUUCUUGGAGAAGGCAAAGCUUGGAGUUCACAACCUUGUUCAGAGAGUUGGUUUUCUUGGCAUACUGCUGUGUGCAUCUAUUCCCAACCCAUUGUUUGAUUUAGCAGGAAUCACUUGUGGUCACUUUUUGGUUCCAUUCUGGACAUUUUUUGGGGCAACUCUACUAGGCAAAGCAGUGAUUAAAAUGCAUAUUCAGAAAUUGUUUGUAAUAUUUGUGUUCAGUGAACACCAUGUAGAGCAACUGGUGCAUCUCAUUGGUGCCCUUCCAUAUUAUGGGAAAUCUUUGCAAACUCCCUUUUCUGAAUAUUUGGAAAAACAGAAGACCAAACUCCAUCAUAAGCCAGGAGUAGGAGCAGCAAGUGAACCAAGCUGGUUGUCCUGGAUCUUUGAGAAAGUGGUGAUUAUAAUGGUCAUCUACUUUGUUUUGUCCAUCAUCAACUCUAUGGCUCAAUCCUAUCAUAAGAGACUUUGCAAACUGAAAGAGGAAGAUCAGAAGCUUCGUGAUUAAAAUGCCACUCAUUUAUACUAUAUUUUUCUGUUCCCUAUCUGCAAACUAACUUUAUAAUUAACCUCAGUUGGUUUCUUGAUACAUCUAAAGUAACCAACUGUCACAACAGUAUAGUUAGACGUCUCUAUCAGUACUUUUUACCUUUGGCCACACACCAUAUAACUUGAUGUACAUGUGUAAAGGAGUAACAGGGUUACCUAAGACAUUGGUGCAAGUUAAUUUGUUAAGUGGUAAUUUAAAUAUGUCAAAUUGUAGAGUUGUAGUGAACAUAUUCAGAUUUAUUGUUGUAGAAGUUUCUUAUACAAAGUGCUUUAGUUGCUCAUGGAAAUUAUUGUGUAUCAAAGUACAUAUAAAAUGCAGAUUUUUUUUGGCAGAUAUAGAGCUCGAGAUUGAAAAAAAAUUCACAUAAUGUCAUGACCAAUUUUGUAUUUAGGUACACGAAGAGCUGGGUUUAACAUUUGCCCCUUUGGCAUGAAUGUUCAAUUGUUGUGUUAAGCUUUUUUCAUUUGUAUAUUUCAAGACAACAUUCCCCAUUUCCCUGUGUUUUAUUUCUUCAUAUAUUUGAAUACUGUAGAAAAAUACUUUAAAGAAAUCAUUAUCUUAAAUUCAAUGGAAAAAGAAUUUUUCUUUCUAAUAAAUGUACAUUAACUUUUGUAAACGAGGGUUUCACAUGCAACAAUUAAGGUGACAGGAUUUAAAAUCAAACUUUUGAUGGCGUACAAACCAUUUGUACAGAGCAUAAAGUGUAAUUUAAAAAUAAAAGUGCAGUGGAAGAAAAUUCAAUCAAAUUGUUAUU